AUGAGGAAAUGGAAAAAGAAACAGGCACCCCUCUCAGGAGCCGCUGGGUUGGUGGGAGGUUUGGGUCUGACUCUCAGCUUGUGCAGACACGACUCUGGAACUGGUAAGGCUGGCCGCCUGGCUUGUGCCCUGCAGUGCGGUCUGCAGUGUGCCCUGCAGUGUGCCCUGCAGUGUGGUCUGCUGUGUGGACUACAGUGUGGACUACAGUGUGGUCUGCAGUGUGCCCUGCAGUGUGCCCUGCAGUGUGGUCUGCAGUGUGCCCUGCAGUGUGGUCUGCUGUGUGGACUACAGUGUGGACUACAGUGUGGUCUGCAGUGUGCCCUGCAGUGUGCCCUGCAGUGUGGUCUGCAGUGUGCCCUGCAGUGUGGUCUGCUGUGUGCCCUGCAGUGUGCCCUGCAGUGUGGUCUACAGAUGCGGCAGGGAUGA